AUGAGUUUCGUACGAUCAGUCCCAUCAAAAAACAAUAGUGUUUCCACUGUAAAACCUUCACUGCCAUAUUUACCAAAAUUACCACCACGUCUACCAUCGAAACCACCAACUGUUCCUUGUAAUAUAUCAAAAAUUGAAAGAAAAGUUCAACUAUCAUCAAAUCCUAAUCAAGUUGAUCUUGAUGAAAUUGUUAAUAAUUUAUCAACUAUAGUCAAACGAUCAGAACAAUCAUUAACACCUAUUAAAUGUUCACAUACAACUACAAAUGUUCGUCGAACAGCAUCAUUACAUAUAAAUAAUCAACGAAAUCUUUCAAAUUCUUUUGUUAAAACAUCUAAUUCUCAUCACGAAAUAUUAAUAGAUUCAAAUUUAGAUCUAUCUCGAUUAAAUAUUCAACAUCAUUUAUUACGUAAUAUUGAAAAAUUCUCUGGUAUUAAAUGUUCAUUACCAUCGGCAACAUCAACAAUACCAAAUACAUUUAAAGGUCUUGAAAAACAUACUACACCAACAAAAACUAAACAAAUAAAUACUUCUUCAUCAUUAAUUGAUAAUCAAAUAACACCAACAACAACAAAUGGAAAAGUGAAAAGUCCAUGGCGAUUACGUUUUGAAAAAUUUUUAAAUCAUCAAGAACUAACACCAUUGUCACCAACUAAUGAAUCAAUUGCUUUCAAACCAGCUGAAACUUCAUCAUUGAAUAAAGAAAAUCGUACACCAUCAUUUCGACUUCCUACACGAAGAACAAGUAAAAUUCAUUUCAUAUCGAAACAAAAUGAUUAA